AUGAAUGAGGUUAAAAAUAGGAACAGACCUGGUAGUCACUUCAAUAAGCUUGGGUGGGGAAACAUAGAGAAGAAGAUUAAGGAACAAACAAGAAAAUCUUUUGACAAGAAGCAACUUAAAAACAAAUGGGACAUUAUGAAGAAAGAAUGGAAGUUGUAUGAUCGUUUAAUGAGGAUUGAAUCUGGCAUUGGAUGGGAUCCCGUGAGAAAGACAAUUGUUGAAUCACCAGUAGCCAUUAACACACAUGGAGAUAAAGAUCUUGCCAAGUUUAGGGACUUAAAUUUGGAGAUUUAUCAAGUUUAUUAUGAGCCUUUAUUUCGGGAUUUCGUUGCCGUUGGAGAUAAGACUAAGGCUCCCGUUGAAUGUCAAAACAAUAGCGGUCCAACUAAUGUUGAAGAUGAAGAAGAUCAUGAAGGGAAAGGAGAUAGUGAUGAAGUGAAUUUAGGCGACAAUGAUAAACAUCUUUUCCCUCAAAGUAGUUCGAGUAAAAGGAAGAAGUCGAAUAUUGUUGCUCCUACCCAUUCAACCAAGAGAAAAUCUUUCGUAACUUCCUCAUUGAGGAUAAACUAG